CAGCCCUGUGACAAUGGGCGAAGAGAGGGGCCUGACACGGAUGCUGCUGGAAUGCAGUCUCAGUGACAAGCUAUGUGUUGUUCAGGAGAAGCAGUACGAGGUGAUUAUCAUUCCUGCUCUCCUGGUGGGCACCUUUCUUAUCCUUCUUGGGGUUAUCCUGUGGCUUUUUAUCAGAGAACAGAGAUCCCAACAGCAGCAGCGUCCUGGACUCCAAGGCACUGCCCCUAUAUCUUCAUCUGGGGGCCCAAACUGGGAAGCAGCAGAGUGUGGAGGAAAUGUGGUUGUGCCACUGAGGGAGACAUCAGUGGAAAGCUUUCUACAGGCUACCACACCUGCCCUGGCUAAACUGCAGGUGCCCCGGGAGCAGCUCUCCGGAGUUCUGGAGGAGAUCCACAAUGGAAGUUGUGGGACCAUCUACCGAGCCAAAAUGAACACUGGGGACCCCGCUAAGACAAAGACUGUUAUUCUCAAGGCUUUAAAAGAACAAGCCGAGUUACAUGAGGUUCGGGAUUUCAUAGGACAAAUCCAAUUUUAUCAGUACCUGGGGAAACAUAAGAACCUGGUGCAGCUGGAAGGCUGCUGCACAGAGAGGCUGCCACUCUACAUGGUGCUGGAGGAUAUGGCCCAGGGGGACCUGCUCAGCUUUCUCUGGACCUGUCGUCGGGAUGUGAUGACCAUGGAUGGUCUUCUCUAUGAUCUCACAGAAAAACAAGUAUAUCACAUUGGAAAGCAGGUCCUUUUGGGUCUGGAAUUCCUACAGGAGAAGCACCUGUUCCAUGGGGAUAUAGCAGCCAGGAACGUCCUGCUCCAAGGUGAUCUUACUGCUAAGCUCUGUGGACUGGGCCUGGCUUAUGAAGUCCAUGCCCAAGGAGCCAUCUCUUCUACUCGAACCAUACCUCUCAAGUGGCUUGCCCCAGAACGACUUCUCCUGAGACCUGCGAGCAUCAGAGGAGAUGUCUGGUCCUUUGGGAUUCUGCUCUAUGAGAUGGUGACUCUAGGGGCACCACCGUAUCCUGAAGUCCCUCCUACCAGCAUCCUACAGCAUCUACAGAGAAGAAAAAUCAUGAAGAGACCUAGUAGCUGCACACACACCAUGUAUAGUAUUAUGAAGUGCUGUUGGCGCUGGAGUGAGGACAGCCGCCCCUCCCCUCGAGAGCUACACUUGCGUCUAGAAGCCGCCUCUCGAACUGCAGAUGACAAGGCUGUGUUGCAAGUACCAGAGUUGGUGGUUCCUGAAUUGUAUGCAGCUGUAGCUGGCAUCCAAGCAGAGAGCCUUUCCUACAACUACAGCGUCCUCUGAAGACCCCCAGGCAAGAAA